AUGUUUUUCUUCCGUCGCAAACUCGACUACGAUCCGAAGGAAUUUCCUCGGUAUCGCGAACUCUUCCCAGAGCAGAGAUCCUUCUUUGAGAAGCUGCUCGACUACAAGCCCGCUGCCGUCAAGUUCAUCGCCGCUAGCUGGCAUAUCCUCGUCCUCACCUGGAACAUCAUGAUUCAGUUCUUCGCCAUUAUCGACUACAGCAUCUUCAACGUCCCCACCGCUGUUAGAUGGCUCGGCAACGAGUUCAUCACGGCUGAUGGCUGCAACAUGGUUCACGGUAUCCUGCUCAUCUUCUGGCUUUAUCGCACCAGCUACUCUCUCAGCUUCGUUCUCUGCGACCUCUUGAAGUGGCUUCAUCAGAAUUGGGUGCCCUUUUACGCCGACCUCUGGCUUGAUCGCCUCCGCUUUGUUGGAUCCAUUCUCCUCUACAUCUUCUUCAGCAUUCCCACCGUUCUCAACGCCCUCAGCAUCCUCGUCAUUUGCGGAGUCAUUGGAAUCCCCUUCUUCCAGAUUGCCCUGUACCUCUAUGGCAUUUGUCCCCCUCGCCCUGACUGGCUUCGUCGCCCUGACUGGCUUCGUCGCCCUGACUGGCUUCGUCGCCCUGACUGGCUUCGUCGCCCUGACUGGCUUCGUCGCCCUGACUGGCUUCGUCGCCCUGACUGGCUUCGUCGCCCUGACUGGCUUCGUCGCCCUGACUGGCUUCGUCGCCCUGACUGGCUUCGUCGCCCUGACUGGCUUCGUCGCCCUGACUGGCUUCGUCGCCCUGACUGGCUUCGUCGCCCUGACUGGCUUCGUCGCCCUGACUGGCUUCGUCGCCCUGACUGGCUUCGUUUUCCUGAGCCUGAACCUCGAUGCAAUCAGCCUGUACCCUUUUCAGUUCGCUUCUCCAACCCUCCUUCGCCCAGGACGCCAAGGACACCACCUCCCCCUCCGUCGCCUCCUUCGCCUCCCCGUGCAUUCGAUUUUUGCCCACCACCCGACCCUGAAGCCGUCAAACGCCGUCCUUGGCUCUAUACCACAUAUCCUGGAGCUUCUUACCACAUGCGCAAUCCCUUCUCCUCUCUCAAACCACCCGGAGCUGCCUACGUCACGCCUAAGCCUGCACCACCGCCGAAGCCCAAGCCUGUAUCAACCAUUAAACCACCUGGAGCGUCUUAUCAAAAGGUCUCUCCCAAGGCCAAGCACUACCUGCGCUCUCAUGGCAUCAAUCCGAAGCACCUCACGCCUAAGCGCUCUACCAACUUCCAACGCCUCAACUCUUCCCAGCAGAACCGACCCGUUGAUACCGAGCUCCAAUACCAGUGGUUCGGGGGUAUCCUCUCUUCCGCCGAACGAGAACUCGUUCAGAUGAACAGUGAGGCUAAGCGCCUCAAGACUCUCAUCAAUCAGUUCCACAAGCAAAGCUGCGCUUCGAUUCAAAUGACCUCGAUCUCACCUACUACAGCUCUCCUUCCUCGCCCCGAGAUCGCCGCUGUCAAGGGAGACAAUGCGCGCGAGAAACUCCGAUUCAGGGCCCUGUUGGCCGAGUAUCCUCCCGAGAUUAAGAAAAUCGUGACUUACAUCCAGCAGUCUCACCCAAGAAUACGAGAUGCCCUCACCGACCUCUCAGACCGUAUCGACCCUCUCGACCAGAGCGCCGUCGCAAGUGCCAUGCGCGCCGACUACGCCGACUGCCAGGACAAGCUCACCCGCAUUGUUAGAACCACGGAGCGAGCCCACAUCAGCGCCGAGAACACCCAGCAGCGAUGCCUCCGCCGGAUCGAAGAGCUGAGCGACGAGAUCGCCAGACUCGACAGCAUCGACCUGAGCCACAAGAAGCUCAAAAUGACGGCAUACUCCCCUUAG